AUGAGACCUCGCGGGUACCAACGAGCUCCGUCAGUGGAGGAAGCAACGGAGAUUGAGACGGAGAAGACGCUUCAUCCAAAUUACCCAUUUCUCAUGUCCUCACUUGGUCACAAGUCGUUCAGGAAAGUCAACCCUGUCUCAGUGAAGAUAUUCCAGCAUAGAAGAACAUCUACUGUAAGCACUGAGCAGAAGAAAAAGUUUCAAAGGGAGGUUCUGUUGCUCUCCAAGAUUCAACAUGAAAAUAUUGUGCAGUUUAUUGGGGCCUGCAUAGAACCAAGGUUGAUGAUAAUUACUGAACUCAUGGAAGGCAACACUCUUCACAAGUUUUUGCUGAGUAUUCGUCCAAAGCCUCUUGAUCUUAAGCUCUCCAUUAGCUUUGCCUUGGAUAUUGCUCGGGGAAUGGAGUUCUUGAAUGCAAAUGGCAUCAUUCACCGUGAUUUGAAACCAAGUAAUAUGCUCUUAACAGGUGAUCAAAAACAUGUAAAGUUGGCGGAUUUUGGACUUGCUAGAGAGAAAACUAAAGGUUUCAUGACUUGCGAAGCUGGUACCUAUAGAUGGAUGGCCCCUGAGUUAUUCAGCCAUGAGGCGCUUCAAGUUGGCGAGAAGAAACACUACGAUCAUAAGGUGGAUGUUUACAGCUUCGCUAUUGUCUUCUGGGAGUUGCUUACCAACAAAACCCCAUUCAAAGGAAAGAACAACAUCUUUGUAGCUUAUGCUGCCAGUAAAAACCAGAGACCAAGUCUGGAGAAUCUUCCGGAAGGAGCUGUUUCUAUACUUCAAGCAUGCUGGGCAGAGGAUCCUAAAGCUCGACCCGAGUUCAAAGAGAUUACAGAUUCACUUACAAAAUUGCUUAGAAGCUUAUGUUCAGAAGAUGCUGCUUCAUCGAACAGUAGAGCCAACGUAGCCGAGGAUUCAACAAGCAAUCUGGUUCAAGAUCGUGUUGUCUGUGACUGUCCCGGGCUGAAGGUGAUAAACAAGAAGAAGAAGAAGAAGAAAAACAAAAUGAUGAAUAUGAUCGUUCCUUUUCUCAGGAUCUUCAAAAAUUGUAUGUCCAAGUGACGAAAGUAUAAACUCUCCAUUUCAUAACGGUGACAAGAAGAAACUAAAAGUAUAGCAAUACGAACUUGACAGGGUAAAAAGAAGGAAAAUGUUAGAACAUAUUUUGUUAGGCCAAGUAUUUUUCUUAUUGGUUUGAUAUUUCAAGAGAAUUUUUUUGAGUA